AUGCGGUUUGCGCUGUUAUCCUUGGCUUGGGCGUUCCAGGCCGCUGCGACGAUCUUGGAGAAUGGGCAGGAGAGGCUGAAUCCUUAUCCUGGGCAGGCUGAGGAGGUGUCUGUUGAUGGUUCUUGGAAGAGUUACGGGGCCGACGCGUCGGAGAUCUCGUACAAGGGGCGGUGGGAUAGUACUUAUACUUCCUCUAAUUGCUGCAGUGUUCCUGGUGUUAAGUUUGGGUUUACGGGCGAUAAGCUUGCAAUGAGCUUUGGAGAAAAGACGUCUAAGAAUGUACUUGUUGCUUAUCGGAUUGGUGGGCUUGACUGGGAAUUUUCGAACGUUACGGCCAAUUCGGCGUAUCAGUUUGUCAAGCCUGGAUCAUCGGCACUGAAUGAAACAGAGUAUGCGGAUGACAAGAUAUUUGAAAUGCGAGUCCAAAUUGAUGGCGUCUCCAUUGCUUCGGAUGCGCGGUUGGUAAAAGCCACAGAGUUCAAUAGGACGGUGGAAAUCAUUGGAGAUUCGCUCGCAUCAGGGCAGUACGCUACUUACGAGGGUCUCGCCUCGUGGGGUUUCAACUUCGCGGCUGGUUUGGGCAAUGCUGAAUAUACAAUUACUACGUACCAAUGGUCCCGUGCCUCAGACGUAGGCGACCGCGCGAAUGCAGCUUUCGGUGAUAAACCUGAAUCGUGGAAUUUCACCGCUCAUCGGGUGGCCGACCUGGUAAUCAUCAACCUGGGCACGAACGACGGUAGGACCGGAAACGAUAUCCCCGGCGACGACUACUACCAGAGCUACGUUAAAAUGGUGGAGAAUGUGCAUAGCGUCUGGCCUGAUGCGCAGAUUGUCCUCAUGUCACUUUGGGGUAAUUUCGUCAAGUCCGGCUCAACCUGGGUGCAGAAACCGUUCUAUGAGUCCGAAGUACAGAACGUAUACCAGCACUUCGAAAAGGAUGGAUACGUUCAUUAUUUCGACACAAAGGGCAUUCUGCAACACAACGACAUCUCACCGGGCGGCCAUCCAACGGAUUUUGGACAUUUGAAAAUUGCAAGCCAUCUCAUGCAGUGGACGAAGAUCAAACUUGGAUGGGAGUUUGGAGCCACCGGACCAGAGGUGCAGCAUGACACCACCUAUUGGAAUAACCAAGAGAGCUACAAACGGUCGGUCUUCUCUGGUCCAUUAAUCUGAUCCCCUGGCAUUAUGUUCAUAGAACAAACGCGUUCUGGAAGAAUAGAUAGUGACUUUGCAAAUGCAGGUCCGCAGAGAUGCCGGUCUUGGUCACCAGAGCACAAUAUCUCGUGUCCAAGUUGGCUUCCAGCGCCAGUAUUCUCUACCAAGUUUACAAUGUAGUUUAAGGAUGUAGGAUAACGACUUUCAUGCUGACGCACGACAAGAUCAUCGAGAGACAAUGCGAGUCGCUCGUAGGAAACGCCAACAUGCUUAUUGUUAUCCAUUGCUUUGGGUAUUUAGAGGCAGACAGCUAACGACGCUCGCACAUGGAUGAUUGGCCAUGAGGGACUUGUCGCGGCUGGGGUUUAAUACCCUGAGAAGAAAUGAUGAUCUGGAUCACUAGCGACCAGUCUACGAGUUCGGCAUUGUAUGUAUCAGGUUGCGAUUGUAGGGUAGAACAACUGCUUGCAUUAAAGCAGGUGGUGUUCCCUUUUGCCGGGUAAAACAAG